CGUCGGGAAGAAGGGGCGGGGUCACGCUAGCGUCCGCGCCAUCUCAGGCUCUAGGUGGCGGCGACGUUAGUUUUCAGUGCAUGGUUUACCCCGCCAAGCGGUUCUGCUUGGUGCCAGCAAUGGAGGGUGUGCGCUGGGCCUUUUCCUGCGGCACUUGGCUGCCGAGCCGAGCCGAAUGGCUGCUGGCGGUGCGAUCGAUCCAGCCCGAGGAGAAGGAGCGCAUUGGCCAGUUCGUCUUUGCCCGGGACGCUAAGGCAGCCAUGGCUGGUCGUCUGAUGAUAAGGAAAUUAGUUGCAGAGAAAUUGAAUAUCCCUUGGAAUAACAUUCGUUUGCAAAGAACUGCAAAAGGAAAACCAGUUCUUGCAAAGGACUCAUUGAAUCCUUAUCCCAAUUUCAACUUUAACAUCUCUCAUCAAGGAGACUAUGCUGUACUUGCUGCUGAACCUGAACUACAAGUUGGAAUUGAUAUAAUGAAGACUAGUUUUCCAGGUCGUGGUUCAAUUCCAGAGUUCUUUCAUAUUAUGAAAAGAAAGUUUACCAACAAAGAAUGGGAAACAAUCAGAAGCUUUAAGGACGAAUGGACUCAGCUGGAUAUGUUUUAUAGGAAUUGGGCACUGAAAGAAAGCUUCAUAAAAGCCAUUGGCGUUGGACUAGGAUUUGAAUUACAGCGGCUUGAAUUUGAUAUAUCACCAUUAAACCUGGAUAUAGGCCAAGUUUAUAAAGAAACACGCUUGUUCCUGGAUGGGGAGGAAGAAAAAGAAUGGGCAUUUGAGGAAAGCAAAAUAGAUGAGCACCAUUUUGUUGCAGUAGCUCUUAGGAAGCCCGAUGGAUCUAGACAUCAGGAUGUUCCAUCUCAAGAUGAUUCUAAACCGACCCAAAGGCAGUUUACUAUUCUGACCUUUAAUGAUUUAAUAGCAUCUGCUGUUCCUAUGACACCUGAAGAUCCUUCAUUUUGGGACUGUUUUUGCUUCACGGAAGAAAUUCCAAUGAGAAAUGGUACAAAGUCAUGAUAUGGUUCCUUAAGUAAGGAAAAUGAAAACUGUUUGUAAUUUCCCAUUUUCACUGAAAAAUAAAUACUCGAUAGUAUCAAAUUUUAUUUCACAAAACAGUAAAAAAAAAAAAAAUUCCUAGUAAAGAAAGCAAAAAAUUCUGGUUCACAGUAGUUCACUAGAAUAUAUUGACGUCUUUUUCACCAAAAUUGCAUUGAAUUGACAGAAGAAAUAAAGAAAGGUAGCAGAAUUUUAAAGUACUACAUGCUCAUUGUAGAAAAAAAUAGAAAAUGCAAAUAUGCAAAAAGGAAGCAUUUAAAUCCUUUGUUUCAGAGAUAGCUACUCCUAAAACCUUGGUGUAUAUCCUUCUAGACUUUUCUUGGCAAUGAAUCCAAUGAAACAUUCGUUAAAAACAAAUGAGGAUAUACAUUUUUUUGUAAUUUUUUUCACUUACCAGCGCAUCUACUGUUAAUAAAUAUACCUCUGUGGCAUAACUUUUAGUGACUCCAAAGUACUGUAUUGUGUAUGACUGUAUCUGUUCAGAUGCUUUUUGCAAGAGGAUACAAUGUCCAAAUGUAAUUGACUUCAACCAAGGACAUAUAUUAUCGUAUAACACACAGCUCAGAGAUGUCAUUGAGGGUUUUUUUUUUUUUUGGCUCUGCCAUCCUCAUUUUAUUUUAUUGAUUUUUGCCUUAGGAUUGUUCCCCUCAUGGUCACAAGAGCUCCUGUGGUAACUUUCAACUUUACACCCUCAUACAAUCACAUCCAAAAGUCAGGAAGGGCCAUUUCUCCUUUCACAUCUCAGUUUUUAUCAGUGAGGAAGAUUUUUCACAGAUGCUCACAGGUUUCCCUUCAGUUUCCUUUGACUCAGAUCAUGGAAAGCCAGUAUCUAGCAUUAUUAGUUUCUGUGUGGAAAGUGAACUCUGCUGGUCAGGAAGAAGAUGAGGUGGAGGUGGGAGAAUGGCAUAAGAGGAAGCCCACUGCUUGCCGUAAAGAAGGUAUGCCACGGUUUACUCGCUCUUUCCUCUGUGUUAAACAUUUUGAUUGCUGUUACUAAUCUAGGCAAAUGGUGUAAUGAAUAUCCUUGUAGUCACAUUUUGAGGUCUAGGCUUAAUCAUGUCCUUAAAAAACUUUAUAGAAGUGGAAUGACUAAUUCAGAGGACUAAACAAUUUUAGAGCUUUGAUAUUGUCAAAUUGCUCUCCAGAAAGGCUGUACAACUUACCUGUCCAGAUAGUAGUAUGUGUGUGCCCAUUGCCACUUACCUACCCCCUUGUCAACUGUCAAAUUAUGUUUUUUUAAUAUUUCAUUUUUAACAGUGUGAAAAAUGGUAUCUUAUUUAAUUUGUAUUUCUUUCAUUACUAAUGAGUUGAUAUAUCAAUGUUAAUGGCUGUUUGUAUUUCUUUUUUAUGAACUGCCUGUUCAUUGUCUUUGCCUGUGUUUAUUUUAGCAAAUAGAUCUUAAUUUAAAAUGGGAAUAUAGUAUUUAAGAUGCCAAGACCAUCAUAUUGAUGAAAAAUCUAUUAUAUGGUUGUAGUGCAUGUCUUGGGGAGUUAAAGUCUUGUUACUGUUAAAUACCAAGAAGUGAUAUAAUUUCAUUUUUUUUUUACUACUGAAAUUAAAGGUUGUGUGUAAAUUGUAUAAAAUUAGAUACCUUACUUAGUAAAAGAAUUAAUUGGAAUGUUUUAUAAUUUUUUUAUUAUUUUAUUAAGCAUGCCCAAAUAUCUUAGGCAAAGUAAAUAACGUGUUAUAAAAAAGUCAAGUAGCAUUUAUAAUAGAGGAAGUAUUGUUAUCCCUAAAAUGAAUGUAAUGGUAAUAUGAAAAAUCAUCUGUCUUGUCAUUAUAAUAAUAAAACUAUUAACAUUUAUUAUGGAAUUUUUAUGAA